AUGGAGUAUGACCCUGCUUCACCAACGGACGAGUUAGAAGAUUGUUCUCCGUCGCUUGAUUUAUCUUCUAUUCCAUUACCAAGGCCAAUUAGUGAUGAUAUACCAAAGAGUGUCAGUGAUGUAUGUAAUAUCCCAUUACCACCGACUGACAAGAUAGAAGCUUCUGACAUUCCUCUACCAAACCUCAAUUUAACAAUCGUAAAUGUAGAAGAUAAAGGACCGCCGUUAUAUCCUCGUUUGUCUCCUAAUCUCCAGAAAUCUGACACAAUGGAGUCCUUAGGACCUCUAAAGUUUAGUAUGCGAAAGUCUGCCAAAUCUUUAUCAGGUUCAGAUAUACCUACAGAAUCAUCUGGGAUUUUCGAAUCAUCUAAAGAUGUAAAAGUUGACGAGCCGAAAGUCAUGCCUAAACUGCAAGCGAUGAUGAAAAGGUCAAAACCUUUUCAACUUCCUGUCGGUGUCUUACCCGCAAAAAACAAACUACCAGCUACCGAGGUCAAGACCGAUUUGUUUCUACCAACUAAAGAAAGUGAGACUCUAAGUUCCACUUCAGAUCACACCAAAAAUUUACAGUCACACAUUCAUUCUGUUACAUCUGAAUCCAGUGACCUUCAGUCCGUUGCUUCUGUGGUCAGUGUUGGACAGUUAGUUUCAUCUGGUACAGCUGAGAAGUCCAUGGUAUCUACUAAUAAUUUUGUGAAUAAAGCACAUAUACCUGGAACAAAUUUGUCAUUGAAAAGCUCUCCAAUACCAAACUUAAUGAGUCUAAAUAUUCAACCACUCCAUCACUCCGUUCCGAUUGUCGCUACUCGAAAUUUAAUCCAUGCUCAUGCAACCGACCCUACACUUGUUCAGGCGUCGAUACCCCCGACUGCUGGAAUGCAGUUUGUCAAUCCUCAGAAGUUUAGAUCUGCGCAAAUGAUUGCUACUCCGUUGAUAGCUAAUCCAGCUGUAGCUAAUCAGUCUCAACAAAACGAGGAGACGCCGAAGGGCAAAAAUGGUCGUCGUCGAUCAAGAUCACAUUCCCACAAAUAUCCUAGGUCUCACAGACGCUCUCGUUCCAGAAGGUCCAGUGGACACCGUCACUCACGACGUCGUCACUCGUCCAGCUCGUCAAAUUCGAUGCACCGCUCUAGCCGUACUCGCCACAGAUCGCGGUCGUAUCAGAACUCUAAAGAACGUCAUCAUUCAUCUACUGAUCAUGGUCAUUUUAAAGCUGGUAGAAAAUAUAGUAUUGAUCAUAAGAGAAAAUCAGAAGCUGCUGAAAGCAUGGGAAAACGGGAAUCAAACAGAAAAAAAUUCCCUACUCAUAAAAAAGUUGACCAUAAAGAUUCACGCGUCGUGGAAGAAACAAAGAGAUUUUAUCGUUCAGGCACUCCUGAAAAGAAAGUAUGCGACAAAAGCGAACAUACUUCGUUUGGUAAGAAAAGCAAGAACAGCACUAAAAAUAGUGUUAAUCGGCCUGUCGUCAAAAGCCUUACAGUAAAAGUAGAUUCUGAUGUUAAGCGGGAAUCUGAUGGUGUGCAAUACGUUCAGACGCAGAAAUUGACUUCACGUAUUACUGGUACGCUUGAAGAUGUUUAUCGUAAGACCCAACCAAAAAUGGGUUACAGACAGCAUUCAGAGCAAAGUGAUAGUGAUGAUCCUUCUGAUAUUAGUCCAAAUUCAUCAUCAAACAGCGAAAAUCAAUCUCCUGUUUCUAGAAAGCCUAUUUCCCUGAAGCGUGACCAAUCCAGUAAUAGUAGCCUAACGGGUUCCGACUCAAGUCCGCAUAGAACUAAUCAUUCUGCCGGUGAGGCUAAGCGUCGCCACAGUGAGGAUAUUAAAAGUGAACGACAAGUGAGUAAUAUGAAAUCUCAAAAACGAACGCCACAGUCACUGCACCCAUCCAAAAGUGUGAAUAUAGAUGAAAUACCACUACCAUCUCCACCUAACAAUAUAUCCAGUUCUAUGGAAGUUCAGCCAGCGGAUAGCUACUUCAUGGAAUCGGAGUCGAAUGCAGCGUUGGACACAGCCUGUCCACAUAAUCUAGAAGUUGAUAAUGCUCAGAGCUGUUCUGGGGGUGAGUUUGUCGUCACUGUCAAUGACGUCCUUGAACCCAUCUCAGUUCCUGACUCAUUUUCUCAUAUUGCAAGUGAACGUAGUUCCAUCAUCGAGUCGUCUCAGCAUUUGGAUUUGCAAGGUGUCCAAAAAAUGUGUGAAGUGACUGAUGGUAACCAGUCACAGCCUGCUGGAGACCUGGAUAUGUUAGAUAUCCAGUGCUCUGAAAUGGUUGAACACAUAGACUCUACACCACUUACAGAUGUCAGUACACAAGACCUUAAGCCAUGUGAACCAAAAUAUGACCUGCGGAAACGGAAGAUUAAGCCUCAUAUCCCGAUGUAUUUUCUGUCCAACACUCUCACUACGUAUGAAAGGUUAUCAGAUUAUGACGUUGAUCUGAGCAGCAUAUUUACUUCGUAUCCUGAGGCACCUACUCCGCAAUACAUUCACCUGUUGAACAAUGACUACAGUCUUCUGAGUUCAACCCAUUCAUCGACUCCUAGUAAGUCAACAUACUCGGGAAGUGGUAAGCUUCUUGGGACAUCUGGACUACGUGCCAGUUCGAUACACUAUGAAAUGCGACAGUGGAUUUGUGAUUGCGCCGCUCCUACUCCUGCGGAACUUGACUUAGGCAUACUUUCCUGUGGUCCAGGUUGUAUUAACCGUGCCCUGAAUAUCGAGUGUGGACCACAUUGUGCUGCUGGUGAUUUUUGUAGUAACCGCCAGUUUCAGAUGAGGCUUUAUGCCCCGACCAAACCCUUUUACGCGGGUAAAGACAAAGGGUGGGGACUGAUGACGACGGAUAACGUUAAAAAAGGAUCUUUUGUGAUUGAAUAUGUGGGGGAAGUAAUCGAUUUCUCUGAAUUUCGUCGACGUAUCCGGCGAUACGAACGUCUUGGUCAUGCUCACCACUACUUUAUGGCCGUGGAGUCUGAUAGAUUUAUCGAUGCUGGUGGUAAAGGCAACUGGGCUAGAUUUGUCAAUCACUCAUGCGAACCCAACUGUGUUACACAAAAGUGGAGUGUAGAUGGUGAAAUACGCAUUGGAUUUUUUGCUAAAGAAGAUAUUCCACCUGGUCAGGAAGUAACCAUAGAUUACCAGUUUGUCCAGUAUGGGGUUUCUGAACAAAAAUGUUAUUGCGGAACUCCUUCCUGCUCUGGUAUAAUGGGUGCUACCAGCAAAUAUUUGCAAGAGAAAGUUCGCAUGAAAGACACUACAAUGGUCGAAAGACGCAUUCUUCAGCUCCUUCAAUUAGAUUCUUUCAGAAAUGCAGAUGAUAUAACUCUGCUGUUGCAAGUCAUGGUUCAAGAAUGCCUUACAAGGUACACUCGAUUGCAACUUCUCAACCGUCUUAUUAAAACAGAAAAUGACGCUUGUCUUAAACUCUUUCGACAGUAUAAUGGUCUGGAUAUGUUGGCAGCCUUUAUGUUUGAUGCAGCGCCAAAAGAUUGGGAACUGAAAAAGCAGAUAUUAGUUUGCUUGAAGCACAUUCCUGUUUCCGAACAAAAACAGGUACAGUCAAAUUCACGCCUCAUGGAAAUAGUGGCACAGUGGACUUCCAAUCCUCACCAUUGUCGACCACGUGGUAUCCCUCCAGAAUCGUGGAAGAGUGUUAAUAUUCAUAUGGCAGAUGCUCCAAAUGUUACUUCGAUUACAUUUUCCACUGAUGAACUCCCGAUGGAAUCGAAUUUCGAUUCCGAUGAAACGAAAUCACUUUCCAAAAGUACCAAAGACAAUGAAUCGUCUUCCGUACAAACAGGCGAUAAGAAUAGUGAUUUCGCUGCAUCGCCAUCGAGUUCCGAUUCGUUUAGUUCAUCUUUGAAGGAGAAUUCGUCAUGCAAGUUAAAUCCUUCGACACUUCCAGUUUAUGAAGAAGAAUGUAACGCUGUUACUCAAACGUCUGAUUGUGAUAUUUCCCCUGGAACUCUUGUGGAUAACGAUACUGGUGAAAUUGAAAUCGGAUAUUCAUCUGGAACUAACGAACCAAGCAUCGAUACUGAACUGUGUAAGGGUAAGGUGGCUGAUGAUGAUUGGAUAGUAGAAAUCAAGGCUUUGGCUUGUGAAGUGCUUGGAAAAUGGUCUAAAUUACCAAAAGAAAACUACCGUAUACCUCGACUAGAACGUCAAGAGACCGAGAAAAUGCUUCAUUUAUCAAAUCCCAUUGGUUCUUCGCUUAUCUCUUGGGGGUCAGAAAACAAAGAUGAACAGUCAAUGUUCAGUAAAUCUUGGACUCAAAAUACUAGCAGUAAAUUCCAGCCAAAUAAAACAUUGCGUGAUAAACUGGCUUCGUCUUUUAUUCGAGAGCAGAAUGGUCCAAAAGCAUCCAAUACUCUGUCAUGCUUAUCCAAAGCUGAAAGACGUAUGCUUUUCGAAGCUCAAGUUAAAGCUAGUGAAAAUCAAUGUUCAUCUGAAAACUCUGUGCCUUCUUCGGACGAUUCUAUGCAUGCGAAUCCAUCUAAUGAUGAAAAAGACACAGAUCAUUUUCGUCAGUUACUACUCUGUGCACUUUUAAGCGAGUGCGGUCGAACUGAUACUGCUAUUUCAAAUCUUUUAUCAAACACUGGAGUACAACUGAAAGCCAUGCCUGUUGUUUCUACUUUAUUACAAGCCUUACCUCGCAUGUUGAGUUUAAUGUCAAGUUCAAACGAUUCAGAUCUGGUUACACGCCUAUGUAACGAACUCAAGCGGUAUGCGGAAGAAGACUUAAACUCACUACCUACGGGCUGGAAAUCAGCUGCUGAUUCGAAUGGGCGAUUGUAUUAUUAUAACAAAGAAACCAAUAGUGUUCAAUGGGAGAAGCCAUUAAUAGAUUUGAAGGAAAAAGAUGACAAAAAUACCCUUGCUGAAGAGCAAUAUGGACAGAUUAAAAGACAGUUUACUCAUGAGGUUGGAAAUUACAUUUUACGUCUUCUCAAGCCAUACAGACUACCCAAUUGUUUAACUGGUCGCAUAGAUUCAAACGAGGACUUUUUGCAUAUAACAAAAAAGUUGACGCAUUCAUUCGUAUCAAAGGAACUACAAAGAUCAUCAGUCGCUUCACCGCCAAAUUUCUCAAAUGAACUUCAAGAACGUAUACGUUUAAGUGUCACACGAUACAUGACUUCACGUGGGCCAGUGUACAAACGCAAAACAAAGAUCAAUAAUCCGAGGUGA